AUGGUCCGCAACGACCCCAUUUUCGAAGCCCGCACGAAUGUCAAGCUCCACUCCAAUCGGCUGAAGAAAGAAGCUGCCCGCGCUGAAGCCACCUUCAAAUCCGAGAAAGCCAAAGCCGACAAAGCCAUGAAAAACCAUGAAUUCCAAAUCGCUCGUAUCCACGCAGCCUCGGCCAUCCGCGAAAAGCGGCGCCAAGUGACUUUGAAAUCUGAAGCGGCCCGAGCCGACGUGAUAAUCAACGAGCUGAAGGCCGCGCAGAGCACGCGGGACACGUCGCGGACUCUGGCGCUUGCGUCGCGGGGGCUGGAUGCGGCGUCGCGGAGCGUGAACCUAGAACAUUUGGUGGGCCACGCCAACAACUUUCUGGCGCGGUCGGAGGACUUCAAGAUUGCAUCGGCAGCGAUUGAAGAUGUGGCGCAAGGAUUGUCGAUGCAGGAGUACGGGGCGGAGGGGCAGCACGAGGUGGAUGAGCUGAUGGAGCAGUUGGCGGACGACGCGGGGGUGGAUAUGCGGAUGGUGCUGGAGACAGACGAGACGCCGAAAAACGAAGUCGUGCAGGAGACGCAGGUGAAAGAGGCGGAUGGGCUACAGGACCGCUUAGCGGCGUUGCGGGCAGCGAAUUGA